UCAACGUUGGCAGCAUUCUACCGUUGAAAAAAGAAAAUCUGACAUCAGUUGGCGGUUAUUUGUGAGGUUUUGAAAGUAAAUUGUAUAUUUUGUAUUUCUAAGUUUGUUUAUGUAGUUAACGUCCGAUCCUUUAAAUAUAUAUAGUUCAAGUAUUGUAAGUAGUUUUGUUUUAGAGAAGUAACUAUUUAUUGUCUAAAGUUUGACAUGGAUGUCCACUGAUUUGGCUCGGUGGGCCACACUUCCUGCAGUUCCAACAGAUGACAGCAAGGUAUCCAUUGUACAGCGUGCUUUAGAUGACAGUUCAGUGGUUUUGUUUCAGAUGCAGAAUGGUGCGGUACGGUGCUUUGAAAGGACUUUACGAAGUGCAAAAGACAAUAGGCUGUGGUGGCUUUGCCAAGGUUAAAGUUGGGAUACAUGUUUUGACUGGUGAAAAAGUUGCUAUUAAAAUAAUGGAGAAGAACACUUUAGGAGAGGACCUGCCCCGGGUGAAGAUGGAGAUAGAGGCCCUGAAGAGCUUGUCACACCACCACAUCUGCAAGCUGUACCAGGUGAUAGAGACCCCCAGCCACUACUUCCUCGUGAUGGAGUACUGCGCGGGCGGGGAGCUGUUCGACCACAUUGUGUCCAAAGACCGGCUGGGGGAGGGAGAGUCCCGGUCGUUCUUCCGCCAGAUAGUGUCGGCGGUGGCACACCUGCACGAGAAGGGGUUCGUGCACCGCGACUUGAAGCCGGAGAACAUCCUGCUGGGGCACGACGAUGUGCUCAAGCUGAUAGACUUUGGGCUGUGCGCGCGGCCGGGCGGCCAGUGGCUCAACACCUCGUGUGGUUCCCCCACGUACGCUGCCCCCGAGCUGGUGCUGGGCAAGAGGUACAUAGGUUCCGAGGUGGACGUGUGGAGUUUGGGUGUGCUCUUGUAUGCUUUGUUGUGUGGAUCACUUCCUUUUGAUGACAAGUUCAUCUGCAAUCUGUAUCAGAAAAUACUCAGUGGCAAGUACGAGGAGCCACCGUGGUUGUCGAGUGACACCAGGUGUUUGAUACGCUCCAUGCUGCAAGUGGAUCCCAAGAAGCGAAUCAAGAUGGAGAAGCUUCUUCAUCACCCGUGGCUGAUGCUGGCGUACGGUGAGCCAGUCAGCUCGGAGAGCCUGUUGAAGUUCAAGGAGUACAACGAAGAGUGCGUGCAGGCCAUGUGCCAGUUCCACAUGCUGGGCACGGACGAGAUGUGGGAGCGGCUCAGCGCGUGGCACUACGACUACGACACGGCCACCUACCAGCUGCUGGUGGAGCGGAGGAGGCGCGGCCUGCCCGCGCGGCUGCUACUGCGCAACAGGCGGGUCGUGGAUGAGCCCAGCCAGUCACAGAGUCUGGAUUCUUUUCCCAGACGUGGAGUGUGUAGAUCAUUAAAUGAAACGUUUGUAAAACCAAAAGGGCAAGGCUCCCCAAGAGUAGGAAAUUCUCCACUUAUCACAGACUAUGUUCCAGAUGACUCACCGUACGUAAUGCAGAGAAGAAAGCAACAGUCGAAAGAAGACGCUGGAAAGGAUGGGUUUGCAUCUCCACUGGCCCCGACCCCACGCCGGCGCUCAAUGAAACGUUACAGGAGCCCAGGACCUGAGAACGUGUCACCAGUGCCACUGAAGAUGACGCCAGCCAGAGCCAGGGAUCGAGCGGCUGGGAAGACCGUUGCUUCUUCCUCUGAAAGCUGUUCUUCGCCUAGCUGCUUCUCCCCUGCGGAAACCCCGAAGUCGGCUCGCAAGAUGCUCGGUAUUUUGGGAGGCAGCUUGAGCAAAGUGCGGCAUGUGUUGACGAGGAAGAAGAUGUGUUCUGAGAGCCAGCCAGCGCUGCUGAAUGCCAAGGGACUUUGCAAUGUGUCUACAACCUCGUGCAGCAACCCGGAGACAGUGCUGAAUCAGUUACAGCAAGCUCUUGGUGAAAGAGGUGUUGCCUGCUCUUUGAAAGGCUUCACGCUCCGAGGUAAGGUGGAGGAGAGUGCGGGAGAGGACAGCAAGGCUGCCAACUGCAAGCUCUCGUUUGAGCUAGAGGUGUGCCUGGUGCCCAGCGUGCCCCAGGGCAGCACCACCGUUGGUAUCCGGCGCAAGCGGCUCAAGGGCGACGCCUGGUGCUACAAGAGGAUCUGCGAGGAGCUCGGUGAUGGCGGGAGGCUCUGCGGAGAGAGGCUGAGCACUGACGUCUUGGAGGAGAAACUGUGUGACAGGAGACAAAUGGACGUGAAGGCCGGGCGUAGUGGCAGGCAGAUAGUGAGUGACCCGCCGAGCGCGAGGGCCCCCAGUCACUUGCAGGCGGGCGUCUCCCGAGCCAUGAUCGUCGCCGCCGUGCUGCUCUGCCUGCUGCUCCGCGCAGGGGCAGACCCCCGGCCGUUCCUGUUCCGGUCGAAUGGACCCAAAGAACUGACCGUGCAGGACCUUUCGUAUUCGAGCUGUGUGGACAACGGGAUCGUAACGUUGACGAACGUCACUGUGAAAGUCAGCGAUGACCGAGUGACGGCGGCCGGGGCUCUGUCGAUAGCCCAGGACAUCAGUAGCUUGUCGGUGGAUCUGGACAUAAAGUGGAAAAGCUUUAUCAAGUGGAAGUGUAGAAAUGGUGUUGGCUCCUGUCACUACGACAACGUGUGUGACAUACUCAACAAACACACAGACACUUGCGAAAGACAAAUGCAACAGUUCAACCAAACACUGCCUUGUUCAUGCCCGAUUAAGAAGGGCAACUACACGCUCCAGGAGAUGAGCAUGCCUCUGGACCGGAAGUGGGAGAAGCUGAUGACGGGCACGCACACCUGCAGGGUGACGGGCAGCGUGGACGGACAGCAGGUGCUGUGCUACGUCUUCAGGAUCAAGCUGGCCAUGUGAGCGAGCCGUCUGCACCUGGCCUUCUUUCUGACCACCACGAACACUCAGCCAACAAUGUUUACAAAAAUAAUAAUUAAUAAUAUAUAAAUAAUAAAUAUAAUAAAAAUAAUAAUUAAUAAUUCUUAAUAAAUAUUACCUCUGAUACAGUUAGGUAUGAAGUUGUAAGGACAUUCUGAUAUGAGUUUAGCAAAUGAGCAAGAAAUUAUGCUCUAGUGUAGAUUCUCAAAAACUGCAUAAGUACCGAAAAAAAGUUAAUCAUUUAAAAUUUGUCAAAGAUUAAUGAAGUUUCAUUAUAGUGAAUUUUUUUAUGCAUUUGUUAAAUGUGCUCAUUAAAUAAAGUUUAUGUGCUCUUCACGCAUUUCAUUUCAUUUAGACUUGCUCAGUUAGAACUAAAUAUUACCCACAAUAUUAAAUUUCUUUUUAUUAUUUGUAUGUUGGUGUUUUAUAUUUAUAGAGCUGUUAAUAAACUCCUCUCCUGUAUUAUAAUGCAGUAUUUUCAGACAUACUCAAAAAUAAUAUUUGUUGUGCCUUCUGUAGCAAACCAUAAAUUUGAUGUAAAAGCUUUUCAUACCAAACAACUAUAUUAUACAAUACUAAAUAAUUUUAAACAAAAUUUGAGAUGAAUGAAACCAUUUAAAAGCAUUAAUAUUAUUAGGUUAUUAUGGCCUUUGAAUUGCAGUAAGCAUGAUUCUAGUUGUUUAUACAUAGCAUAAAAAAUGUUAUUUUGUAUUUAUAGUCUUAUUGUUUUAUAAUUUGUUUUGAUUCAAUAUUUUAUGUCAUUAAAAUAAAUUUAAUGAAAUCCUUUAGGUUCGCAAACACUACUUGUGUAAUGCAUAUGUAUUUUAUUUAUUUUGAGAGUUCAAGUAUCAUUGUAGCAGUGCUAGCAUGUGUCAGCAAGAAUAUAAUGAAUAGGUUGAUUCAACACACAUUACAACCCACUGGACCGAGUGGUAAAAGCUUGGCGCUUAUGCGACUUCUAGGCUUGUUGCUAGGUCGUCCUAUGAUCCUGCAAGUUUUUCGUGUUUGUUGUGUGUUUUGCUAUGUUUGUUGGUUUGUGUUUGGUAAAGCAAAAUACCAUUUAAAUGCCUACAUUAAUGAUAUACCUCACCUCUGUUAUUGAACUUUAUGAAUAACAGUUAUAUACCUUUAUAGUUUUUAAAUGUAUGCGAUGUAUUUUUUAUAUAAAUAUACAUUUUUGUUUAAAACCAUAAA